AUGGACAUGCCAAGUCCAGAGGGUAUCUCCAUGCUUGGGGAAGUGGGAAAAGGCGGCAUCGCCGCGAUGAGUAUAUCGUCAUCAGACUCGUCAUCGGACUCAUCAGACUCUCGCAGCGCCAAGACGCCUGACGACUUCGACUUUGACGACUUAGUGGCUCACAACAUCAAGGCGUGCACUGCUCUGGCACCCACUUUGGACUCGACGGCGCCUAGUGUAAGCCGCAGUGAUCAACGCCGUAUGCUCAUAGAGCUUGAGGCUAUCAAGUCAUGGGGAAACGAGACAGAACGAUGGUAUACACUGAGACCAAUUGUCGAGGACCGAUUGGAUGCAUAUCUCGGAACAUUUAUCGGUCCCAAGGACACACCAUAUGAAGGUGGCAUCUUUCACGUCCGCUUCAGCCUCAAGGAAGGGUACCCAUUUACACCCCCAGAAAUGUGGUUUUUGACCAAGAUUCUCCAUCCCAACGUCGAUACCCGAGGUACAAUCUGCAUGGACCUCGACUGGUCCCCAUCACUCACUUUAGAAGUGCUAUUGGCCUCUGCGGCAUCCUUGCUCGACACCCCAGACUGGUGGGAUCCCAUGCCAGAUGGUCUUGUUGCCGCGCUGGGGAACGAUGCAGAAAAGUUUGAUGAAAUGGCAAGGAAAUGGACAAAAGAUUUUGCAACUGGAGAGCUUGUUCGUCCUGGGGAUAGAAUUGAUGGGUUCUGCAAUACGACUGAUUCGGUGCCAGGAUGGGCCAAGCCGAUUAUGUGGGCGAGGAAGAGGCUCAAUCCGAAUGCUUUUGGGUUGUUCAAGAGAUAG